AUGUCGUCCAGCGAGGAAUCGUUCUCAGAGGGAGAGCUCUCAGAUGACCUCGGAUAUGGCUAUGGCACCUUCGCUACAACGUCUUUCGACCAGUACUUCACACGGAACCACAAGUCUACGCGCACCUCCAAGAACACCUUCUCCAGCCUCUUGGCACCCCUCACUGCCGGGCAAUACACCUCUGCUAUCGAGCAAUCCACAUGCAAGAAUGAAAUUCAAGUCCCGUGGCUGGGAACCGGACGCGACUUAUUAUUCUCUCGCCUCCUGGUGCAACUUGAGGAAGGCUUCAGUCUGCUGCUCUAUGGCGCGGGCUCCAAGCGAGAAGUCCUCAAUGCCCUCGCGAAACGGAUCAAUAGGAGACGCAGGGACGUCAUUGUCGUCAACGCCUUCAAUCCUGGCUUUGCGAUAAAGGAUCUCCUCGCGUCUAUCGAGAGCAUUCCGACCUUGCAGGAGAGCGAAAUAACUCAGGCCUCAGGGUCUGGCAUCGAAGCACAGACGCGACGAAUAUACAGAUCCUUUGCGUCUUCAGAGCAGAAGCUCUACCUCGUCAUCCACAACAUCGAUGCACUAGCUAUGCGCAAGCCCCAAGCGCAGUCAUGCCUGUCCGUCCUCGCGAGCAACCCCCGAAUACAUAUCGUCGCGUCGGCGGACAGCAUCGCCUUCCCUCAUCUGUGGUCCUUGGCGGACAUCUUCUCUCAUAAACCCGCGGUAGAAAACGACGGCCCAGUGAUUGCAAUGUCUAAGGGCUACUCUUGGCUGUUCCACGACGUCACCACCCUGUUACCCUACGAUUUCGAAACCGCCCAUGCCGAUCGCUCGUCCAUCAAGGGUGCUUCGCAAGCUGCCUCCUCUCGUGGACAGAAAGACCUGCCGGGUACGACCGCGACGGGCCUCAUGACUGAAACUGCGGCACGCCACAUCCUCGCAUCCGUCACCCAAAAAGCUAAGAAACUGUUCGCUCUGCUCGGCACGAGGCAGCUCGAGAAUACAGCCGAGGCGGAGGCUAGCAGCGGUGGAAACGCACAACAAGACCCGCUGCAGAUCGCGUUCGACUACAGCAUGCUCUUUAACGUUGCCCGCGAGAACUUCGUCGCGACGAACGAUACGGCGAUGCGUGCCCUCAUGGCAGAAUUCAAGGACCAUGGGCUGAUGGCGUCAGUCACCCAGACUGCUGGGGGAGAAGCGGUGUGGAUAUCUCUCAGGAAGGACGCGUUGACCAAGCUUGUACAUGAGGUUUCAGAGUGAUCCAAAUGGACCGAAAUUCGAUCCGGGACAGCAUCCGCUACACUAACACGUCAUCGUCCUGCCCCUUCUGCCUCACCCGCUCCUCUGGAAUCGCAGCCGUUCUUCAUCAGAGAAAAUCCCUGGGGACAAUUAGGAUAUAACGUGGGCUAACUAGGUGUUGAAGAAACAUAAGUGAGAUUAAAUCC